UUCGUAGGCAGUGAAAGUAAAACCUAGAAAUAUGACGUAAACGUAUUAAUCACAUUUGUAAACGUACUUUGCUUGGAUUACAGCGUUCCAUGAUUUGAAUAUCUGUUUAUCGACUUAGCUGUGUGUGUGUGUGUGUCUUCCAGUGCCGGAGAAGGAAAAACGUAGAUAUUUAGUGCUGCAUUAAUGUAGUGACACAGUGUCGCCGCUCUUAUUUUGAAAAGCCGGCUGUGGCGGAAGUACAGUCAGGAACGCGGCCCGGUUUCCUGUGCUCCGCGCGACGGACGGGAAGCGGCGAGUAUCUUCUAACUCCCGAGUGAGGUUGUCGUAGGAAAAUCUCUCACAUGAGUCCACAGGAAUCGGGGUUGUAGACUUUUUGUCACGCUCCACAUCUGUGUGCGUGACUCAGUUCUCGGCCUCCGGACAACAUGAGCACAGUCCCAAGAAAGAGGCGUACUGGAAACACUUCCACCUUAAGGCGCCUCACCAAAAGGAGAAGAGGCACCACCACACCGUCCCAGGCUGCUGCUGCUGCUGCUGAGCCCAGUGGGCUUCAAGAGAACAACAGACGUGAGUGUGAGGAUGUUGUGGAUCUGACCUGUGAGGCUGCAGAACCUCCUGUGGUAGACCUGACCAACAAUGACUCUGUAGUGGUUGUUGAUGAAAUCCGUGGAGCAGGCAGUGAGAGCUACGUGCUGAGCAGCGAUGAAGAGGAAGAAGCGACUCUCCGCAGCAGAGCAGUGUUCCUCUCUGCCCUGGAAGCGAACAGCACAGCCAGGUCCACCCCAGGAACCAUCAGUUGCCCCAUUUGCCUGGACAGCUAUGGGGAGAUCGUCGACAGUGGGAGGCUGGUGGUCUCCACCAAGUGCGGCCACCUUUUCUGCAGCCAGUGCCUGCGGGACUCCUUGUCUGAGAGUCACACCUGCCCCACCUGCCGGAAGAGGCUGACGCAUAAGCAGUACCACCCCAUAUACAUCUGAACUGCAGCUUCACCGGCAGCCCAGGGAAGGAUGCUGCCUCGCAGUGCACAAAGGAAUACCACAGCCAUGGUCUCCGUAGUCUCUGCUCUCAUCUUCUCCCUGGAGACGUGAUCUCUCUGAGUGGCCAGCGCCUCUCGGACCGUGUCCCAAAGGGUCAUCUGCCCCCCCCCAGGAGCCAUAACCUCCCUCCAAUUUUCCCACUACGAUUUGGCCUCUGCAGUGCGUUAACUACGUGCCGCGUCUAGUCACGCUGAAUAUUUCUCUCAACACAUUGUACACAGGUUGUUUAGGUUUGUCACCAGAACCUGUCAGUUUGUCCCCACUGCUCAGGAAGACACGCUGGAGGCUGCCGAUUGAGGAUUGUACUGAAGCUGAGUCCCGGUGGCGUGUGGCACGGCAUCCUCUGGUGGGUGGGCUGCGCUGCGCUGCUGGCAUGAUAGACUUAGCAUUGUAAAUAAGUGUGUUCAUUUUGUACAUAAUGGUUAAGACUAAUUUAAGUACCAAGAAUUGUGUAAAAAAAAUUUUUUUUUUUUUUUUUUUUUUUUGUUUUCAGUCCAAGGGGUUUGUUGUGAGUGAAUUCAUAAUAUGUCUGAGCAUCUUUCGUGCCUCAGAGGAACACAAUAUGCAAUGGACAUUCAGUCUUCAUUUAAUGACACACUACUUCUGAUCCCCUUGGACUCAUCUGUCGGUUUGUUGGAUGUCUGAUCAUAAAUCCUGCCUUUGGCUACA